AAUACGAGACUCCAUACUGCUGAUGGAAAAGAUUUAUGGCUUUUUGGCGCAUGUCUUGAGUUGAUUCUCUGCAAGUGAGCAUGAUCAACUGCAUCUUGUUCUUCAUCUUGGAAGACGAAGGUACUCGUAGGUACCGGUAAAAAUGCUAUAAAGCAAAAAUAACACAAUCGCAGCUAAAUUAGCACAAGCUUGUCAGCAACAGCAUGAGCUUAGACGGCUUUAUUAACUUUUCUAAGAAAUCCAUGAUGCCAAUGCGAGUGGCUUAGCAGUACGAUCUGGAUCAAAAUCUACAGAGGAAGAGAGCGAGGAAAACGCUGCGAGAACAGGAGAUAUCGCCAAGAGUUCGAAUAUUGUCAGCAGGAAAAAAGCGCGUAACCUCCACAGGCUGUGCGCAGGGCUCGUGGGGAAGGUAGGACCUAAUAGAUAGAUUGCUAGAAAAAUUCAUCCUCGCAACAUGCAUUCAAAUAUCGUCGUCGGGGGCAACACAGUACUUGUAAUUCAUUGUACUUACAACAACACUUGUCUUUUAUUCCGUUUACUCGCAGAGAUGUUGUAAGCUGCACUCCCUCGCACUUUUUAACACGUACCUCCAGGCACUGAUAUUUCAAGCGCAUCGCGAACGGAGACCGAGCGAAAUGGCACGCUGGCGCACUUCUGACGUCGUGCAGUGGGCCAUGGAGUUGAAUCUAGGCCUCAAAGUUGUCCAUUUCCUGCAAAACUACACUCCUUCUGUAGACGGCCGCAAACUACAGUCCCUAAGCGAUGCAGAGCUCAGUCUCA